GCUUCUCAAUUUCCAGUUAAUCAAACACGAUCGUACGCAAGAUGGGGCCACUAUGAACGCGCCAAAUCAAGAUCCAAUUAUCAUAUCUUGAUUGGACACAAGGCCAAGAUGCUACAGCUUUCAGAGGAUCUAAACGCUGAAGGGGUUUCCAUUUUCGAUCGCGAGAGUUCAACCAACCUGACAAUCAAUGCAAAAUUGGAGAUAAUUCUUGCAGCUGGGGCAACCCACACGCUACAGCUGCUGCAUUUGAGCGGCAUUGGUCCGAGGGAGAUUCUAGAUCAAGCUGGAAUUCGUGUAAGAGUGGAUCUUCCGGGUGUUGGCCAGAACAUGCAGGAUCAUCCUCAAAUGGGAUACUCGUGCGUCUGUAGUACCCACCAUUCUGCUGCAAGGGUCGCACUUCUGGGACCGGGUACUGACCAUAUCAAUUCAGGGCCUCUUACAUUGGCGCUCACAAACCAAGGCGCCUUCCUCCCUCUCCGAACCGUGAAUCCAGGGUACCGCGACUUCAUCUCCAAGCCCACCAGCGAUCCCGUCGUCGAAUUUCGCACGUUCUCGAACCCUUUAGAUAUGCAGCAAGCCAUAUCCUUCAUCAGGUAUACACGAAAGUACACCAACGGACCCGGGCUCGCGGAUUUGAGGCCUCGUGAAUCCGGCCCUGGUGAGAAUGUAACUAGUGACGCGGGCAUUGAGAAGUAUAUCUGGAAUGUUACGUAUCCUAUCUCGUUUCAUAUUUCUGGCACUGCGUCGAUGGUGCCGAAAGAGUUGGGAGGGGUUGUCGGAAGCGAUCUGAAAGUCUAUGGAGUCAAGGGACUGAGGGUUGUAGAUACGAGUCUUUUUCCAUUGAUUCCGGCCACACACCUGACUGCUACUGUGUAUGCGGUCGCGGAGAAGGCUGCAGAUAUCAUUAAGAUGGCGCUGUAA